AAAAAAGAAGGAAGCAUAAGGUCAAUCUCUGCCCUUUUAUCUGAAAAAGUCCAAAUAACGUUCUUUGUCUCCUUUGUUUUUGGAUCUUGCUUAUAAAUUGGACAGCUUCUGUUUCGUUGUUUCUUACAUACUCUCCAUUUGCUGACAACAAAGCUAGGAACUCUCCCCCCAAAAAAUAAACUCUCUCUCCCCAAACAAUAAACUUUGUAAGACUUGUAUACUUGCAAAUAAUUUGCAGUGACUGAUGGGUGAGAUCGCAGGGAGUAAUGGCAAACAAGUUGUGUUGGAUGUUAAGGAUGACAAUAACCCUCCACCUUGUCCCUCUAAACACAAGGAAGAUUCAGCCUUGAGCAUUUCUGUGCCUUUCAUGCAAAAGAUGAUAGCAGAGGUGGCAGGCACAUACUUUUUGAUAUUUGCCGGUUGUACUGCAGUGGCGGUGAAUUUGAACUUUGAUAAGGUUGUGACACAUCCUGGAAUAUCAAUAGUUUGGGGAUUGGCUGUGAUGGUUUUGGUUUACUCUGUUGGUCACAUCUCCGGUGCCCAUUUCAACCCCGCUGUCACUCUUGCCUUCGCAACCUGCAAGAGAUUUCCCUGGAAACAGGUGCCUGCCUAUAUUGUAUGCCAAGUGAUUGGAUCAACGCUAGCAGCUGGAACUAUUCGAUUGAUAUUUACUGGAAAACAAGAUCAUUUUGUAGGAACAAUGCCUGCAGGAUCAAAUAUGCAAUCCUUUGUAGUUGAAUUCAUAAUCACAUUCUAUCUCAUGUUUGUCAUUUCCGGUGUCGCUACAGAUAACAGAGCUAUUGGUGAACUUGCUGGACUUGCUGUUGGUGCUACGGUUCUUCUCAAUGUGAUUUUUGCAGGGCCAAUUUCAGGAGCAUCUAUGAAUCCUGCAAGAAGCUUGGGACCUGCAAUUGUUUCAUGUAAAUUCAAGGGGCUGUGGAUUUAUUUAGUAUCUCCAACGCUUGGAGCUCAAGCAGGUGCAUGGGUAUAUAACAUGAUUAGAUACACAGAUAAGCCUUUGAGAGAGAUCACAAAGAGUGCUUCAUUUAUCAAGAGCACAGGACGCGCUUGAUGCCUUCUCUAUCUGUCUUAUCUCCUUUCUUUUUCAUGUAGCUAGUAAAAAAAAAUGAAGAAGGCAAGUAAUGCCAGUGUUAGAAGGAUUUUCUGUAAUGUUUUCUUAGUUUAAUGGGAAAAAUAUAGAUUUUGUUUCUUUGUAAAUUGUCUGAGCUUAAUGGAAUUAAAAGAUAGAACCAAAUGAGUUAA